UUACAGGAGACGAUUAGGACCGCGUUUGAACAAAGGAUGAAUCACCGUGAAAAUUACGUAGAUGGCUCCUAUAGCUGUUGUUGGGAGACUUCAAGGGACUCGGUGUGUGAAAAAUCUGAGAUGAGUGAAAAAAUCAGGUGCCAUCCUCGGAUUCCGAAGAGUUGGAGAGACUUCAAACAGCGGUCAAAAAGUCGCAAUAAAAGACCAGUUGACAAAGUAACAGAAAGAACUCUUCUUAUCUUGGCCGACGCUUUGGAUAAAAGGCACAGCCUCUUGGUGGACAAACCUGAAGAACUUCGACAACGAAAAAGGUUUCAAAACGUUCCUCUGAUCAGUCCCAGCCUCGUGCAAAACCUCAUUGAUAAAUUGCAGACAGAGGAGGUUGAAAGUAUUGAGAUAUCAUAUUGGAAAAGCUAUAAUGAAAGUCUAAACAUAAUUAAUUUAACGCCAAGUUUUUAUAGACAAAGGGAGUAUUUAGGACUAGGAUCCCUUCCGGGGACACUGAUAUAUGAAGCAUCACAUGCUCUGGGAUAUGCAUACCUUGUAGCAUCCACAGAAUGUGACGCAGGAAACUCUCUAUCGGCUUACGACAUUUGCUGUGCUUUUGAAAUCUGGAUGAACCACCAGGGUGAUUACAAAGAUGGUGCCUACACCUGCUGUGGGGAGAGGUCCAGAGACUCUGUAUGUGAAGCAUCUGAGAUGAGUGUUCAUCUAACCUGAGGACAUUUUUUAAACUUCUGCAAAGAGAAAGCAAAAUCCUUGGCAGGGCACCAUCCCAAUCAAGUGGCGUAAUAAGGGUUGUUGAUGCAAUCAGGCAGUGUACCGUAAAGCUCUGCUGCUUUUCAAUUUCUUUGAUGAUAAAUUAAAUUGUGAUCUAUAUAUAUCUCUACCUUUUUAUAUCCCGAUUCUAUGAGCACCCACUCUAUCUAUGAACACAGACAUGAACCUCCCAUUACAUUGCGAGACAAGUUUUAACAUAAUACACAUUAGUAUGAAGUAAAUUUUUACAUGUCUCUGGAACUCGACGUACAAUUCAACCAUGCAGUAUAUGUAACCCCAAAGCGUGCAGAAUACUAAGAAUAAUAAUACUUCAGAGCACCAGUCAAUAUUAAUGGAGAAGAGACAUGUUACAGUACCGGGUGGCAGACAGAGGGGGCGCUCUGCCAUAGGUGGUGCCACAGUGUAUUGUGAAAAGCAUGAAUGUAGAUUAAAAGGAUAGCUGGUAUGAUCAUGUUCAGGGAGAUCGUCCGGCCCGCCAGACUGACUGCCAAUCACACAGGACGACCCACUAAC